UAUCGCACAGGCAUGUACCUCUUCGGAGGACUGAUGGGGCUGAGUGAACAGAAGGACUUAUGGAAGUGGGACUUUGUAAGCAGCAGCUGGUCCAACAUCAGAACAAGCCAAGGACCUCCUCCAGUGGUAGGUCAUGCUUCAAUAGUCUUCAAAGACUCUAUGCUGAUUUUUGGUGGAGGGAUUUCAAAUUCCAGUCCUAAUGAUGACCUCUGGAAGUAUCAUUUCCACACGCAGACAUGGAAGAAGCUAAGUAGUACUACAAAGGCAAACUUUUCUCCUAAAAUGUAUCACUGCAUCUUGGGAAUUGGUGUUGAUUUCCAAACUACCUCAGAUUUCACUAAUACAUUCCCCAGCCAUUGGAAGAGCAAACAGAAGGACCAUCGCCAGCUGGUGACCAUCCCGAAGCACACUCGCUUCUGCAACUACUUCCGUCAACAGCCUGCAUACCGAGUGUUCAGCAAUGAGGAAAGCAACGCAAUUGAAAUGAAAACCUUCAGCUUGCCUCUGGAGCCAGGGGGCUUUUGUGCGUUUCAGACCUCUUCAGAGGCAGAACUAGACCCAAACGGAGCAACACGCGUUUUGUCAAAGGACAAGUCUCUCCAUCUGUUUGUCUCCUCAGAAAAAGAGACUUUCGCUGCUGCUCAGAUUGUGGGAGAAGAGGAGGGAACCAACUGUCAGCACGUGACCGCCGUGGAUGAAGUUAGCAGUGAUACCAAUGUGCUGCUGCUCAUUGGGGGUAAACCUUUGUCCAGCUUCUCUGAGAUCUCAUUCUGGCAAGUGGAGUUUGAUAGCUUGUGAUCGCUUUGAUUGCAAAGCGAAAGAAGAAAUUUCCACCAAUGUGCCAGUAGGUGGUAAACCAACUGCUUGCAGCUGUCUUCACUUUCCUAUCAGCACACUAGGAAAAAAAAUUAAAUCUUCUCAUACUCGCUGUGAACAGAUUUUUUUUACAAUGUGAACAAAACCCGACGUGUAUUUAAGUCACAACUUGCAUGUAAGUUGACAUUUCCGAGAGGAGCUUGUUGGAAUGCUGCUCUUUUUUUGUUACUUUUUCUUCUGGUCAUUUAGUAUCUUUUCAAAUUGCAGUGGCUGAUGCUGCCUUGAAAAUCAGAACUACAAGUAACCCCUACUGGCUCCGUGACUGCCAUUCCAGGUGCAAAGCUUGCUCAUUUUGCACUGGCAUAAAAAAAAUAAAUAUGCACCCAUAAAACUGUAUUUAAAUCAAGUUUGUGCACGUUAUGGUCACAUCUGAGGGAUUUGAUGAAUCUUAAUGGCAACAUUUGCUAAGAUGUUUAAGAUUUUGUUUUCUUCAGAGAGUGUUCUUUGCACAAGAUACUUGCUACAUGAGGUGGCCUAUAACAAAGAAGAAACCCAAAAGACAAGUUAGCAAGUGAAAUCUAGAAGAUACUCAAGCAUUGCAUCUAACCCUGAGGAAGUGAAACCACGAGUUCCCCCUGGAAAAUCAUGUGCAGCAUUAGACCAGAAGCAGCGCAUUACACCUGGAAGAACAAAAUAGCUACCCAGUGAAUGCUAGGUGUAAUGACUGAGCACAGGAUCAAAAGGUUUUGACUUCCUGUUGGAAAAAGAAAGAGGAAGGCUUGGCAGGAGUGGCACAAAACAUAAGCUGUCUGACUGGUAACUCAGAUUUUAGUCACAAAGGGAUUUCUGCUUUUCCAGCUUCAUCUCUCUCUGUUUUGUCAAUAUAUGUAGUAUUUUUUACACAUUCCCCCUCUUACACUAGUAAAUUCUGAGCUCAU